AUGGAGAAUCAGUUUGUACUCAAAAGAGAAGAUAUUGAAGAAAAAAAAGUAAUUAAAGGUGGUAACCUUGAAACCGUAUUGCCAGUUUCCAAUCGACAGCCUAAUCCACAGUUGGUUCCCAUUCGUCCACCGUCUUUAGACCCUGAAUCUUCGAGAACAAGAGUUUCUAAAAUAAUGAGACAUGCUAAUUUUUCAACGAUACCUCCAAAGUCAAGUUUAACAAAGUUUCAUACAGGGUUUCAUGGAGAAUUUAGUAGUAGUUAUGUAAAGCUAGAAACAAAAAAUCUUUCUACCGGAGGCAAUAAGACUAGUCAAAUUACUUCAGGAACGGUCUCCUCAAUGAUGCCACCGGCAAAUAUUUCGACCUCGGUUAUCUCUUCAAUGACGCCUAUAGUUACUCCUACAUCCAUCAAAGUCUUUCCCGCAGAAAAAACGGUAAAAGUUUCGAAUAAGUCUAAACUAGUUAAAAUUUCACCAAGGACAACAGAUGAUGCAGAUGAAUCCGCAGUCGAAUCCAAAUUACAAAUAAAAGAAGAAAUAAAAUCUGAAAUCAUUAAUAAUAAUGAUGAUGAACAACCUAAAGAGACGACAACAAAGAAACGAAAGUUAGAGAAUGAGGCGUUCAAUGAAAAAAGAUUCGCUUGUCCGAUAUGCAAUAGACGUUUUACGCGUAAAUUCAACAUGCAGACCCACCAACUUACUCAUGAGGUUGAUCGAGUGAAACCCUUCCUUUGUAGUUAUCCGGAUUGUGAACAUCGUUUCACGAGAAAACACGACCUUAAACGUCAUAUAUACGGCAUUCAUGAACUUCCCGAGCACGAAUUUAAAUGUUUUAAUUGUAGUAGAACCUUCACUCGAAAGGAUGCUUGUAAGAGGCAUUCACUUACAUGUCAUUUAUUUGAGGAAAUUCCGGAAUAUGAAGUUCAAGAGAGAAGAAGACGUAGACCUACUUCGAAGACCAAAUAUACCAAAUAUGAUCGGGAAAUUAAUUUUGGACAACAAGCGAUCGCACCUUUAGAUCAACGUUUCUCGACUUCAAAUACCAUGAAAUUUUCAACUGAUGAUUUAGUUAAUUCUUUAAAUGUUGAAAAUUCUUCAACCUCAUCAACAAUUGAUACAAUAGAUAAUUUGAUGGAUGAAUCGAUGCCUGAAGAUUCGAUCGAUCAAAUGUUUGAUGGAGACAUGAAUGGUAACAUGUGA